CCUCCCAGAUCCAAUCCAAGUCAGAGCCCAUCGGCCACCUCCAUCUCCAUUCCUACGCGCAUCGGCCACCUCCCUGCGGCGGAGCUUGACCCCGUCAGUCUCCCCCGAAACGAAACCCACCGCCGCCGCCUUUGUCUCCCCAACCAACCACAACCCACCGGCGACCUCCUCCCACUCUCCCUCUCCCUCGCCGCCGGUGCCCCCUCGCCUCCCCUCCCGUCCUCUUGUCUCCCUACUAGGCCCCAGAUCGACUCGGCAUUCUCCUUCUCAGGCCACGACUAGAUCCGCACCGGCGUUCCCGCAUCGGCGCCUUCAUGGACCUUCUCCUCCUUCUCCACGACCACGCUGCGGCAGAGGAAUCCUCCUCCUCCCACCGCCACCGCACCCUCCUCCUUCCACCUCCACAUCCAGGCAUCCAUCCCUUCCUCCCUCCUCGUGCCCGAAACCCUAGCCCGUGGGCGGGCAUGUCGACCGAGCUCAGGAUCCGCAGCAUCCUCUUCUCCUCCAAGAGCAAGAACAGGAACGUCCGCAAGGUCAAUUUGCUCCCUCCGAUCUGCUCUGCUUGCGUGAAGGGGCCCGGCCAAGGAGAAGCUGCUGCUUCAGCUUUUUCCUCCUCCCCGAUGUGUGUAGGUGUUGAAGGCGUUCAAUCUGGGCAGCCGGAGGCGUACGAGUUCUAGGACAUGCGCUGCCCAUCGUUGACCUCCAGGUCAUCAAGAACGCCUGGGACGGCAAGAGCUACCUCCUCAUGCAGAGCACGUCCAAGAUGGCAAGCAGGACGAGGUACUGCAUGGGGAGGAUCAAGUCUUUCGUUGUCCCCCUCGCCAACUACUCCCUCGACACCACCGCCUCUCUAGGUGAACGUUUGGAAGACCAAGAAGACCUACUGCAAGAACAAGGAGUGCAAGAAGCACACCCUCCACAAGGUUACCUAGUACAAGAAAGAUGUUUGAAACCUCUUAACCGUGGACGACAACUACUUGAGAAGGACCAUCAUCACCCAUCAAGUACGCCAUUGAGGGCGUCCGUGGAAGGCCCAGUCCUGACUCUCCAGUGAGCCGGCAUUUGAUCGCUAUUGAAGGAGCUACAUGUAGAAGAAGAAAAUACUUGUAGAGCUUGUAACUGAUUCCCAUAGUUGUAGAGCUUGUAUCAACUAAGCUUGUAUUACGUGUAACUUGUAGAACUUGUAAAUGCUACAGCUUGUAGGACGUGUCAUUUGUAGAGCUUGUAAAUAAGCUUGUAUAUGCUACAGCUUGUAGGACGUGUCAUUUGUAGAGCUUGUAUUGAAUCUGGCUAUUGUUAUUUGAA